CCGGACCUCUAAGUUCAGUUAUUCGCUCAACAAACGCCGUCUCUGUGCGGGAGCGGCCAGAACGCCAAAGGGAUGCAGAUCUGGCCCUGCCUUCUCGGUGCGGAAGCCCAGGAGGUGCAUGUUGGGCGAGAGGGCGGAUCUGACACGAAACAACCCAGCACAGAGAAAGCUGUUUCUUAAGGGCCCCGAGGACUAAAAUGAGGCUCGGGAAGGUUAGGUGAGUUCCGGAGUCGAGCCCCAAGCUCUGUUCGGCUCCAUACCCUGACCCUUGACCCACUGCUUGCCCACUUCAGCCAGUUGAUGCCCUGCACCCGGGCCAGAUGGGGGAGCAGCGGCUCCAGGCUCGAGCGCCCCCCACUGACGAGGUUGGGAUUCGCGCGUCCGCCGCGGUCUGGACUGGGGUCUCUGCCCCUCCCCUGGGCGGUGGUCCGGUGACGUCAUUGCCUCUUUAAGACCCCCGCCUCCGCCCCAGUCCCAGCACUCCGCCUGCUACUCCGAAUCUUGGUGGACUCCUUUGCAGUGCAGCUCCUCAACCUCAACCUCACCAUGGCCUCUGCUGGUCUGCAAAUCCUGGGGAUCGUCCUGACACUGCUUGGCUGGGUGAAUGCCCUGGUGUCCUGUGCCCUGCCCCUGUGGAAGGUGACCGCCUUCAUCGGCAACAGCAUUGUGGUGGCCCAGGUGGUGUGGGAGGGGCUGUGGAUGUCCUGCGUGGUGCAGAGCACUGGCCAGAUGCAGUGCAAGGUGUACGACUCGCUGCUGGCGCUGCCCCAGGACCUGCAGGCUGCCCGAGCCCUCUGUGUCAUCACUCUCCUAGUGGUCCUGCUCGGCCUGCUGGUCUACCUCGCAGGGGCCAAGUGCACCACCUGUGUGGAGGACAAGGACUCCAAGGCCCGUCUGGUGCUCAUCUCUGGGAUCAUCUUUGUCAUCUCAGGAGUCCUGACCCUGAUCCCCGUGUGCUGGACUGCCCACACCAUCAUCCAGGACUUCUACAACCCCCUGGUGGCCGAGGCCCAAAAGCGGGAGCUGGGAGCCUCCCUCUACCUGGGCUGGGCAGCUUCUGGCCUUUUGUUGCUGGGUGGGGGGCUACUGUGCUGCACCUGCCCCUCUGGGGGGUCCCGGGGCUCCAGCCAUUAUAUGGCCCGAUACUCGGCCUCAGCCCCACAUACUGCCUCUCGGGGUCCCUCUGAGUACCCCACUAAGAAUUACGUCUAAUUCGGGAAGGGGAGCGUGGGCUCCCUUGAGAGUGGAGCCUAACCCUCUGAGCUGGAGCCAUGGCAAUGGUGAUCCAUGACAGCUUUGGUGUUGUUUUUGCUUUAUAUUGGUGGGGGGCGGUGGUUAAUCCAUUUGAUAACCCACCUGGGCUCUGCUACUGGCGUUCCUCACCUUUGGAUGAUGGAGCCAAAGAGGUGAUGCUUCAGAGUUUCUGGAUCUUUCUCCACCCUGGACACCCCCAUCUUAGAGACCAACCUGGAGCUUUGGGCCCCAUGUGAAGGGUGCUUGCUAUCCAGGUGCUUUCAUCCUGUCCCCGAGAGUUCCUGCUGAUGUUGGGGGUAGGGCCUCCCUAGGCCUGCAGAGACAAGCCUUCCCUUGCUGGUCAGGCCUCUGGAACCCCCAGGGGCUUUUGAGCCACGUGUAGCCUCUAGAGGAGCAGGUGAUAAGUUACCAAAGACCCACCCACCUCCAAGUCUUCUGACCUCUGGCUUCUCCAUCCUGAGUCAUGUCCCCCCUGUGCUGACCCCUGACCCUCCCAUCCCCAGCCCCUGUGCACUUCUGCCAUGUCCUGCCCACACUCACCAGUUUUUACUAAAUAAAGCACAUUUUGUUUGGUUAC